AUGGAUGAGGAUCAAGCAGCUCAUCUUCUAGAAUUAGAAGAGAGAUUAAGUAAAAUUAGAUCACAAAUCAAUUCAAAACUAGAUAAUCAAAGACACAUUGCCAUUAUAUUAUCAGCAGUUGAGGAAAAUCUAGUCGAACAAGAUGCUUCCAUUGAUAAAAAUAUUGUUAACUAUAUCAUAUCCUUCUUAUCUGUCUUAGAUCAGUCUGUAGACAACGAAACUCGUGAAAUCAAGGACUUAACUAUGGCCACCUCAUCUAUAUAUUUGCUAGAUUUAAUUUUUCAAUACACUCCUAAAUCAUUGUUACAGAAUAAAUUUCCUGAACUAUUGACUAAGAUUGCACCAUGUAUCACCGAUCCAACUUCCCAAGCUCCACUUAUCAGGUCAGCUAUUGGCUGUUUGGAAUCCCUAUUGAUUGCUCAAGACUCUUCAAGUUGGAUAAAUAGAGAUAAUUUAAAAAUUACCCCAAUCAGAGGUUUAAAUGGUGUUUUAGAACUAUGUUUAGAUCCAAGACCUAAAAUUAGAAAGAGAUCCUUAGAUACAUUGAGUAAAAUUUUAUUAAAUCCACCCCCUAGCCCAAGUAGAGAACAUAUUGCCAGCCAAUUUGUUGCUGAUUAUGCCAUCAAAGUUUUAGUUACUUCUAUUGAAAAUAGUAACAAUCCUAGUGACAACACUUUAUUCAUUCAUGUUUUAAAAAUGUUUCAAGUUAUUUGUAGCACAAACCAAUGGCCAACUAGUAAGCUAGAAAAAUUAUGCGACCUACUAUUAGAGAUUGUUAAAAAUGCUAAUACCAGCUCUAGCAAUAGUAGUGAAAAUGGCACAAAUUUUGUUAUUAAUGCGGUUUUUCAAGUUUUUGAUUCCUUAUUCAAUAAUAAUACCAUCAGUGAUGAUAAAUUGGUUGCUAUUAUUAAUGCAAUUAGUAGUUUGAAACCUUCCAAAAAUGACCCGGUCUUAGUUAAAAGUUGGGUUUCUAUUGUUACCAAGAGUAUGGAAUCUUUGUCUAGAGUCAAUGGUGUUCAAUUAUUUAAAAUCGAAUUGCUCAACUUUUUUCAACUUAUGAGUGCUUAUUUGGAUAGUAAUUCGCAACAAGUUGUUAACAUUUCAGGCCAAUCCUUAAUUACUAUCAUAAAUAUAAUUGAUCAAAAAGUUUUAAUUGGGGAAGAUGAUGAAGAUGAAAUUGAUUCUAUUAUUCAACAAGUUGCAAAAUUCACAACUACUUGGAUAUCAUCGAUUAAGUAUUCCCAUGCAUUAGGAACCAUUUUACAGAUAAUCACUCAGCUUUUCCAUAAAUUUUCAUUGAAGUCUUCCCCAUCUUUAAUACCCGUUUUAAAAACUGUUGGUGCAUGGAGAUCCAAUGAAAAAGAGCAGAUUGAAUACAUUGGGGAAUGCGAACGAGUUAUUGGUGCUGCGAUAGGCGCUAUUGGUCCUGAAGAGGUCUUGAAAGUUUUGCCCUUAAAUGUAGGACCACAAGCUAAGCCAGAUGAUAUCGGGAGAGCUUGGUUACUUCCAUUAAUUCGUGAUAAUACCAGAUAUUCAAAAUUAUCUAUGUUUUUUGAUGAAUUUAUGCCAAUCAUCCAAUUUUUUGAUAAAAAAUCAAAUAACUUGCCUAAAGAAUCGGUGGAGUUGAAAAUUUUUCAAACUGUUGUUGAUCAAUUGUGGUCUACAUUACCCUCAUUUUGUUGGCUGCCUCAGGAUCUAUUAACGGCUUUCACCAAUGAAGUUGCCAGCGACUUGUGUUCCACCUUAUAUUCGAAUGUUGAGUUAAGAACUGUUAUAUGCCAUGCUUUGAAAAAUCUAGCCAUUUCCAACCAAGAGGACGUCCCGGAUUUAAUUUACAAGGACACUUUUUUCCCACCAGAAGUACUAACCUCCAACUUGGAUUACUUGCGUGAAACCAAGUGCACUAACUUGUUAAGUGUUUUAUUCAAUGUGUUUUCUCAAACUGCAUUGACGAAAAGAGGUUUUAUUUUGGAUACCAUUGAGAUAUUUUUGAAGAUUUCCAAGCCAGAAGAUUUAAUGAGCACUUUUAAUAAUAUCUGUACUAUGCUAAAAGAUGCCUUAGAUAAAGAAACUAAGAGUGCCAAUAACAGUGAAAGCAAAGUUAGUGUUACUUUAUUAGAUCUAAUUGUGGCCAUGCCAAAAUACCUUCCUCCCCAGUCCUACGGUGCGUUAUUUAAUAUUUUCAAUACAACCGUUUCAUUUAAGGAUGCACUAAUUCAAAAAAGAAGCUAUAAAAUUAUUAGUAAAUUGAGUGAACUGGAUUCGGGUUUGGAUGCCAUUUCACAGUAUAUGAAUGAGAUUGAAACGAUUAUGAUCAACCAAUCCGAAAAUUGUAUUAACUCUGCAAGGAGUUCCAGGUUACAGGCAUUAAAGACAAUUAUUGGUUUGUUACCACCGGACCACUUGUAUUUUAUUGUUGUUUGCGCUCCCGAGGUCAUCUUAUCGACUAGGGAUGUUAAUGAAAGGACUAGAGAGUUGGCUUUUGGCACCUUGAUUUUGAUGGCCAAGAAAAUGAUGACAGCUAAAGACGGAGUUAUAGACCUAGGUAGGGUUGCAUCUAUUGAUAGCGAAGAUAAGAUUCCAAGUAGUUUGGCCGAAUUUUUCAAAAUAAUUUCUGCUGGGUUAAUCUCUGACUCUCAACAUAUGGUUAGUGCCACAAUUACAUCUUAUGCGUGUUUGGUUUUUGAAUUUAAGGAACAAUUGGAUUUUGACUCCUUGUGGAAUAUAUAUGAUACAAUUGAAUUAUAUUUAACUUCGAAUUCAAGGGAAAUUGUUAAAAGUGCUAUAGGUUUUAUUAAAGUUGUUGUUUUAAGUUUCCCAGUCGAGUCAGUUAGAGAUAAAAUCCCAUCUUUAUUACCUAAAUUAUUAAGAUGGAGUCAUGAACACACGGGUCAUUUUAAAAGUAAAAUUAAGAAUAUCAUUGAAAGAUUAGUUAGAAGAUUUGGAGAAGAUUUCAUGGAAGGUAUAUUUCCUGAAGAGGACAAGAAAUUAUUUAGUAACAUUAAAAAACAACGCAAUAGAAAUAACAAAAAGAAAAUUACAGAAGAAGAAGACAAUGAUGCUGGCACUAAAAAUGAUCAACAAAAACAAAAUAACAUGGGUACUUUUAAUAACAGUACCAGAUUUAUGUCUGCUUUUGAUGAAGUUGUUUAUGCUUCGGAUACUGAAGAAAAUGCUGAUGGUGUAACUGAAUUCGAUGAAGAGGGCAAUAUAAAGAGGAAGCCAGGUAGGCAGAAGAAUGCUCAAUAUAUUGUUGAAAACAAGGAAAAUCCAUUAGAUUUAUUGGACACCAGUACUUUGACUCAUAUAACCUCCUCAAGGCCUAAGAAAUUUAACGAAAAAAGUCAUAGUUCUAGAAAAAGAAAUGAUGGAUAUGAAUACGAUGUUGAAGGCAAAAUAAUUAUUAACACCGAUGAAUCCAACUCGAAAAAUAAAGACACCAAUGACGAUGACCCAUUGAAGGAAAUCAAUUCUGGUAUUAAUGCUUAUUUGGAAGCUGUUAAGAAUGGUCCGAUCAGAGGUCAGAAAAAUAAAUUGAAAUUUAAGAAAAGAUCUACUGAUAACGACGAGUUUAGCGAUGAUGAAAAGAUGCCUGCCUCUUCGAGAAAACCAAUAAGUUUUAAGAACAAAAUUGGUAAAAAGAAAAAUUUUAAAAGUCGUAGAAAAUUGUAA